UCCCAGUCAGUCAGCAGUUUCCGGUACGUGGACAGCGAGUCUUUUUCCGGUGAGAGUCCAAACACGCAGACAUGCCUCUCGCAAAGGAUCUUUUGCACCCAACCCCCGAGCAGGAAAAGAGACGACACAAGAAAAAGCGUCUUGUUCAGAGUCCUAACUCCUAUUUUAUGGAUGUCAAGUGUCCAGGGUGCUACAAGAUCACCACAGUCUUCAGUCAUGCUCAGACUGUAGUUCUGUGUGUCGGCUGCUCCACGGUCCUGUGCCAGCCGACAGGAGGGAAAGCUCGCCUGACAGAAGGAUGCUCAUUCAGGAGGAAACAGCACUAACCUGAUCAGACGUGGUUCGACAUCCUUGAGGAGAAGAGUAAGAACUUGAUGGACAUCAAGUGACACUGCCAUAGAACUGAUGCAGGGAAUGGGGAAUGGCUAAAUCAUGUAAUAUAAGAGGGAGUCUAUCUACUUAAUAUGCAGAAAAAUGCCUGGCCUUGUUGAGAGACCACCAACAGCUUAUAUGAUUCAUUCUUCACUUUAAAUAAAGUUUCAUUUGAUAAAUAAUCUCGUUAGGUAUCUUUCAAUUCAUCAUUUUAUCUGGAAAAACACAUCUUUUGUCCGCUGACAACCCUUUAAAGAUGACACGAUGCAUGUGGGGUUUCCGUUUGACUUGCAUUUGUUUGCAUUACACCCUUCAUCAACUAAGCAAUGAUUUACAGGACGGUGUGGUCAGAGAUGAGGCCCGGCACUAGAUGCAAAGUUCCCCUGGAAACGGGGCCAGCUCUAGAAAAGGAAGCAAACUGUGGCUACGUCUCAAGAAAACUGACUUGACUGCAGAGUUUUGUUGUGUAAAAAGGGCACUCUGCAUGAAUAAUAAUUAAUACAUUUCUUGUGUCUUAUGUUUUAAUGCCACAGUGAUGUCAGCACUAUAAAGUAGGCGAUGAUGUCAGUGGCAUCAGUGCAGGGUUCCCUCAGUCUGAAUGAGGGUCGAUUCAGGGAAGGUCACUGUUUGGUCUGCUUUGAAGAAAAAAAAAAAAAAAAAAGGAAGUUAAUUAAAUUUCAAUGAACAGUGUGGUUGUGCAUUUAUGUGUGCUUGCGAGCUUUCUGUGCAAAUGAUAAUGUGGGAUGAAUUCUUGUCAGGUUGUGAAAAAUCAGUAGUUCUGAAAGGACCGACACUGCAGGAGCAGGUUGUGGCUGCAGGUUACUCUCACCUGUGGUUUACGCUUGCGCGCACGUAGGCCCUGUGCACAGCCUCUGUGACAGCAGUGAUUUGUACACUGAAUAAAUAUGAAAAUUAAAUUAGGAGACGGAGGGAUUUGAUAACUUUGUUGUUGCUAUGGUUACAUUUUUAUUGUCUUGCUUGUAUUGGAC